AUGACAGAACUCAACGCCCACUUGACAUCAUCAGAAAUGCCGCCCAAGUCCGCCGUCGCUACCGAGCGGCUCAAGAAGGAAGUAGCAGCUCAAAAGACACGCGAAGAAGCUCUUAAGUAUCUACAGACCACAUGUAGUGGACCAAGUCAGCGAGAAUUGACGCAGCAGCAGCAACUUAGACAGAAACAGGCAGCCAAUACCACGUCUCUUAUGGCUCAGCGUCGAGUGCUUGGUGCGCAGCCUCGGGAGCCGUCAGCAGCUGACAAGUAUGACCCUCGAGUAAGAGACAACACGCUGCAUGCAGUAGCAUUGCGGCAUGCACACGAGAUCCAGAAGAUGCAUCAGAUUAAGCAGAUGACGGAGACGUACCGACUGGAAUCAAGGACGACAGAAUAUAACGGCCUACCUCAAGGAUGGCAAGAAGUUGUAGACCCCGUCUCGGGCGACUUAUAUUAUUGGAAUGAGGCAACCAAUGAAACGGUAUGGGAGCGACCUGAAAGCUCGACGACUCAGAUGAAUAUCGUGAAAAAUGCGGAGUCCAAGACUGGUGACGGGAAAUUGGCCGAUGGAUGGAAAGAAGUGCCUGAUGCCGCGAGUGGUGACAUUUACUACUGGAAUGAAAAGACGAACGAGACGACGUGGACACGACCUGUUGCGCGGAGUGUAUCAUUAGUACAAGCUAUUGAGGCGAAAGCAAAGCUUGACAGUAUUCUAAGAGAUUGUGGAAACACGCAAGCAGUCAAAACGUGCUCGGGCGCAAUUGGGAAACCUGAUGAGAAAACGACCAGUCGACCAUUACCAUUGUGUUAG